UUAAACCACAUCCCUCCACCUCAACUCCAUGUUUUUGUUAUUCGUGCACUGGUUCAUCCCGAGGCAUCUUCUCUGUCUCCUCCUUUCAAUAGAAGUUGUCAACAGAUAUUAUUUCCCCCCCCCCUCUCUCUUGUUUGUGCCCGGAUAGAAACCCAAAUCGUGUCUCUCUGUUUCAUUUCAUCACAAGUAUCACAAGGAGAACGAUGGAAGGCAUAACGCAGCAAACAUAAACAGAAGUAUAUGAGGUAAACCUGUCUGUUUGAAGGCUCGUCGUGAGUCAGCAAAGUGCCUUCAGAAACAGAUAAUAAUAGAGCUGUGAGGAGGGGAGAGUGUUCCUCCCCCGGCCUCAUAUGGCCUCCCUGCAUGAUUUCUCAGUCCAGGCAUGACUGUCAUCCCUAAAAACCUCAGUGCUCAGCCUGGUUCUUCCUCUUUUGACGACACAAGUCCCAGAUCCGGUGCAGCGCAGAUGGAUGAGGUCGAUGUCCUGCGUUUGAGGCUCUCCACUGACGACUUGGUGUCACUGGCUCCCACUGAGCCCAUCAACCUAGAAGACUCCCAUUAUGAUUUGCUGCGAUCUGACCUUGAGUCUGAUGCCCAGAACCUGGAGGCCGAGUCCUGGAGCCUGGCCGUGGACCAGAACAUCCAGAAGACCCUGAGCAAAGAGGCCAUUAAAAGACAGGAUGUCAUCCACGAGCUGAUCCAGACAGAGAUGCACCAUGUUCGCACCUUAAAGAUCCUCCUCCAUGUCUACAUGCACGAGUUGAGGCAGUCUCUGCUGAUUGAAGAGUCCAGGCUGGAGAGGCUCUUCUUCGGGGUGGAAGCUCUGCUCGCCCUCCACCAGCGUUUUCUAAACCACCUCAAAGUCCGCCAAAGCCAGAGUCAGGAGGAAGACAACCCAAACAUCUAUCAGAUCACACAACUGGGGGAUAUUCUCAUCGCUCAGUUUUCAGGCGCAAUGGGAGAAGGGAUGUUUGAGAGUUACAGUGUUUUCUGCAGUCAUCACAGUGAAGCCAUCAGCUUCUACAAAGAUCAGCUGCAGAACAACAAGAAACUGCAGCUCCUCAUAAGGAAAAUUGGUCAGCUGCCUCUUGUGCGAAGGUUGGGAAUCCCUGAAUGUUUUCUGCUGGUGACUCAGCGCAUCACAAAAUAUCCUAUCCUGGUGGACAGAAUCAUUCAAAACACUGAAGCUGACACAGAGGAGCACCAGUCACUGGUCCAGGCUUUGGCUCUGAUUAAAGAAACCAUCUCCCAGGUCAACGAUCAGGUCAGUGAAUACGAGAAUGCGACUCGUCUGAGAGAGAUCGGCCUUCGCCUGGAGCCGAAGUCUCAGGGCCGGCUGAAGGAUGGCCAGCUGUUCCGCAGAGAGGAUCUCUUACAGGGAGAGAGGACGCUGCUGCACGAAGGCGCCGUAACCUGGAAGACGUCUGGCAAACAGAAAGACAUCCAUGCUGUGCUGCUGUCAGACGUGCUCCUCCUCUUACAAGAGAAAGAUCAGAAGCUUGUGUUUCCUGCUGUGGAUAACAAACCUCCAGUGAUCUCCCUUCAAAGGCUGAUAGUCCGAGAGGUCGCUCAUGAGGACAAAGCCAUGUUCCUCAUCUGUGCUUGCACCUCCAGCAUGCCGGAGAUGUACGAGAUUCACACCAGCUCCAGAGAGGAACGCAUCGCAUGGACAGCCCAGAUCCGGGAAGCAGUGAACCGUUAUCCAGAAGAGGAGCAGUAUCGUGAGCUGACUGCAAGACUGCAGCAGUUUCAAGAUAUUCUUAAGAUGAGGGAUGACCAGAUAAGGCAAAGUCUGACAGAGAAGCAGCAGAUCUUUGCCGCUCUGUAUGAGACUGUGACAGAACAGGAAACCCCUCACAAAGGUCUGCUGCUGCGAGGAGACACCACAGACCUCCAGCAGGGGGAGACACUGCUCAAAGGAGCCAUCGAUGAGGUGGAAAACUUGCAGAACCUGCUUUUCUCACGGAUUAGAGACCCAAACCUUCUUUUGAAUGAGAGAAAGUCACAGGAGGAACUGCUUCUGGGGAGGGCCGAUACUGAUGGGGUGGCCGAUGAUGAUAAUCUGGCUGCUAGUGCCAUGACAAAUGGCGACGCUCCUGACGGUCCCGGUGACAGCGAGGUCGAUCUGGAUCACAACAGUGACACCGCUGGUGAUCCUCAGCUGCAGGAUUCGUACGCUGACAGUCUGGAACAGUCUGCUGAUGAUGAAACAGAUCUUCCAAACCGCAGUUUACCUCCCAGUCAUUUCCAUGAGGCAGAGGUGUGUGACCGGGUGAUACUGCUCGCACAAAGGCUUUACAGUUUACAAGCAAUAAUCGCCCAGCAGGACAGCCAGAUCGAGCUUCAGCAGGUGUUCCAGUCAAAGAGCAAGCAGCCUGCCCGUCACUACAGCAGUGUGCUGCUUGAGCAGGAGAAGCAGCGGAACCAGGAGAAGCAGAAGGAGGAACUGAACAACUUGCACAGACUGCGGGUGCAGCACCGAGAGGAGCAGCAGCGCUGGGAGAAGGACUGGGAGCGGCAGAGGAUCCAGAUAGAGGCCCUGGAGGGUCAGCUUCAACAGAGGGAGGACGAGUGCAGGAAGUGGGAGGAGAAGCUCAAUGAGGAGAAAGCAGACCUGGAGAGGCAGAGGGAGGACUAUCAGCAGGACCUGGAGAGGCUGAGGGAGUCCACAAAAUCAGUCGGCAAGGACCAGGAGCGUCUGAACCAGGAGAGGGAGCGUCUGGAGCAGCUGCAAGAGAAGAUAAGGAAGAGCCUCCCAAACCCAGGACAUGCCAACUAUGAAGAUCCUUCACAAUCCUGGGCUCUCUCCAGUUACCAGUCGUUCAGAGGAAGCAUAGUGAACGGAGGAUGGAGUCUGACCUUACCGCCAAAGCUUCACGUCUCGCCCUCUUUCUCGGACCCCAAAGAAAUACCGCCGAAGGUUCCACCUCGCAGGGAGAGCAUCAGCCCCCUGCCGGCUCGGCCCGAGCGGCCCAUCCAGCUGAUCAGCACCACCAAUCAGGUUAACAAGCCGGCAGCCGUGCAGCAGCAGAUCCCCGCCAAGCUUGCCACUCUGUCCAAAGGAAAGGACAAAGGCUCCAAGAUGAAAGGCUCCCACCACAGGGCGCACAGUGCAGCCUCCAUAGACGUGAAUCAGGUGCUGCCCAUCCGAGUGACCGGGAAGGAAGGAGGCAGCAUGAGAGCCAGAAGGAACGCCAGUCCUCAAAAAGCUCAAAAGCAUUCAGGUGCCUUUAACCUACCAGGUUCCGUCCACAAUGUGAAGAUGUCUCAGUCCUUCAGCACACACAGGAGGAGCAACAGCGAUGCUCCUCCUCCAACACCGCCUCCUUUCCCCAAAGACAUUCUGGAAGCAGGCAAAGAGAAGGUAAUAUUCCUUUAACCCUGAACUUCUGACUGGAGUUCAGAUGAGGACUGCUCCGUCAUAAAGACUUUGACGUGGAAGACUGACGUGAACUCAUGAGUCCAGUAAGAAGAGAACUGUCACUUUAAUGGGAAUUGAACCCUGGACUUUAACAAUGACCUGAACUAAAACAAAAAAACAAUGACAUUUAAUGCAGAGGUUGCACAAAAAAUGUCAAAAACCUCGACCUUUUUCUACACCGGGAUGAUAAUAUUUCACAUGAAGAUGUUACAAAAACAAAACACUUUGCCAAAGACUUUUAUGAGACGUUAUUUUUUAGCUAUUUUUUUAUUAGAAAUGAAUGUAAGUUUUCUUUCAACCGUAGAGCACUCAUGUUUUACAUCUGAAGCUGUCUUUUUAAUUUAUGAAUGAUGAAUACAGGGUGAGUUGUAUAUUUCUUAACGUUUGCAUCGGUUUCAAUGUGAGGUGCUAAGCACAGGAGUUUGAUUUGGGAAUGGAUCAAAGGUGUAAUAUACAGUGUGUGUGUGUAUAUAUAUAUAUAUAUAUACCACGGUCCUGCUCCUCAGCUGCAACAAAAUGAUACAUUAAUGGACUAUAUUGAAGAAACUACAUGCAGGCUUCGAACCUGUUGUUUGUAAAUAGUAUCAGCUGACGUUCCCUGUUCAUUAAUGUUCACGUUAUUUCACAGAUUUUCUCUUGAAAAGACAAAUCAAACGCUGUUCCUUUUGCUUAAAGAAAAGCAUCCUUCACAAUCCAAACUCAUGGAAUUAAAGAUCACUGACCUGACAAAACUGA